UUAAUUUUGAAUUUUAAAACUAAAAAUGCUAGACUCUGCAUCCCAGAAUCCAGGGUAUUACUCCAAUAUGUCAGGAAUUCGUCAGACUAUUGAUUUAAUAAACCCAGCAUCGUACAUCCAAAAGCUGUCGGAGCGGGGACACCUAUCUACUCUGUACCAAGACCUAGAACGGAUAUUUGAAAUUGAGAAAGAGACUAAUAAAAUAGAAUGUGUACUUAAGAAUAACAAGUCUCACUGGAAAGACUACUUUUACUGCUUCAAACUUAACUUUGAAGUAAUUGCAAAUAGAAUUAUCAAUGAUGUCUUCAACCAUAUGAUGCAUCAGGAAGAGGUUAAGAGGGAUAACAAUGUCUUCCUCCAACAGAAACAUGAUAAAGAGAAUAUUCAGAAUAGGAGACAAAGUAAUGAAGGAGUAACCCCUCGGAGAGAACCUCUGAAGCAGCUUAAUGUGCAUCUUGAAGAAAAGGAGAAGGAUAUAUUUAAUAACAGAAAAUAUUCUAACAAGGAGAGCAUCAUCAAGCAGUUAAAAUAAGAAGCAUAACUUUAAACCAAAAGCUCAAGCUUCUAAUUCCAAAUCAAGGCAGCACAAACUUCCCAAAAAUAGGUCAAAAUCAAGAUCUGUUUCCUUUACGAAAAACUCGCAUUGCGAGAGUUUCAGAAGAAGCAACUCAGGGUCACUAAUCAGGAACACAGUGCCUAACCAGGAAUCACAUGGAGGGUGCGGAAUCAGUCCUACGAGGGAUACUUUCACCAGAAUGGAUCGGAGCAGUAGAAAUUCCCUCAUCAGUAUGCCCAAAAAGCAAAGGUUUCCAAGAGAGCCAUCCAAAUCUCCAGGUCCUUGACACUACAAUCCUAGCUACAUAAGCCCUCGUGGGGACUUCAUCGCCAAGAAAGAGUUCAGGUACUACGACCGAGAACAAGACUUUAACCGUGUCCACAGAACUUUCAACUAA